AUGAUUUCAGAGGAUGAGGACGUCUCUCUGACCGGAAGUGACUUUGAGUUCCAUCUCACAACCUCUAAGAGAAAACUCAACUCGACUCAGGGAGCCACAUCUCCUAAGAGGGUUCGUCAUCUGUCAGUCAGCGGCUCCAGCCAAUCACAGACACCGGAGGAGUCUCGGGGCCUCGGGCCCCACGGUGCUCAGACGGAGGGCCGCAUCACUGCCUGUCAUCUGUAUGAAGCGGUGCGGUCCGGCCGCAGUGCACUGCUGACGGUGAUAGAUGAUUGGCUGGAGGAGUACAGAAGAGAUCGAGAGGCGGGGAUUCUGGAGCUCAUCAACUUUGUGGUUCAGUGCAGUGGCUGUAAAGGUGUCGUCACCAGAGAGAUGUUCAGCCGCCUGCAGAACGCUGAUAUAAUUAGUCACCUGACUACAGAGUUUAACGAGGACUCUGUCAGUUAUCCGCUGGUGUCGGUCGGCUCUCAGUGGAGGCACUUUCGUGAAGGUGUGUGUGAGUUUGUGUCUCUGCUGGUUCGUGGCUGUCGUAACAGUCUGCUGUACGAUGAUUUCCUCUUCUCGUCGUUCAUCGCUCUGCUCACGGGUCUGGCCGACUCUCAGGUCCGAGCCUUCAGACACACCAGCACGCUCAUCACCAUGCGGCUGAUGUCGUCCAUAGUGUCCGUCGCUGCGGAGGUGACCGCUCAAGCGCUGAUGACCCGGAGACGCUGUGAGCUGGAGAAGAACAAGCCAGUUGAACACAGAGCCAUAGACCGAAUAGAAGAACUGGAGAGCUCUUACAGAGAGCUGCUGGAGCAUCAGGAGGACCUGCGCUCUCUAAUGAACGGGAUCUUUAAGGGUGUUUUCAUUCAUCGGUAUCGGGACAGAGUUCCUGAAAUCCGUGCCAUCUGCAUGGAGGAGAUGGGGGUGUGGCUCAGAGAAAACCCCGCCUCUUUCUUCAAUGACGAGCACCUCAAAUACGUGGGCUGGAUGCUGCACGACAAGCAAGCUGCCGUGCGACUGCAGUGUGUGUUGACUUUGCAGAAACUGUACGUGGAGAAGGAUUUCAUCAGCCGGUUAGAGCUCUUUACCAGCCGCUUUAAGGAACGGAUUCUGUGCAUGAUUCUGGAUAAAGACUCAGACGUGGCAGUGGAAACAGUGAAGCUGUUACUGCUCAUUAAACAGCAGACAGAUGAAGGCCUGAGUGAGGAGGAGUGUGCUGCUGUGUAUCCGCUGGUUUUUGCCACACACCGUGGUCUCGCCUGCGCAGCCGGACGAUUCCUGUACCUCACGCUGUGCAGUGUGUUGGACGAGCGCUCAGACAAACGCAGUGUUUCUGUCCUCCGUUUGCUGGCACAUUUCUUUAUUGAGAGUAAGUAUCAUGAACACGCGGCGUAUCUAGUCGAUAGUCUGUGGGAUGUUGCGGGGGAGGAGCUAAAAGACUGGGAACUGAUGACAUCACUACUGCUGCAGGAGAGUGGUGUGGAGGACGAGCUGGAGAGCGCUCUGAUUGACAUCAUGAUGUGUGCAGUGAGACAGGCGUCUGAGGCCACGCCUCCCAGCUCUCGAGUGCAGAGGAAGAACCUGACGGCGCGGGAGAAGAGGCUUCAGGCUCAAGAGCGAAGACGCAUCACAAACCAUUUCAUCCCCCAGCUGCCUCAGUUACUGGCGAAGUUCUCUGCAGACGUGGGGAAGGUGAGCUGUCUGCUCCGAGCUCCUCUGUAUUUCCAGCUGGAGGUUUACAGUACAUCAGGACGCCUGGAGAAAUGUCUGGACCUGCUGCUGUCUCAGGUGUGUGACAUCAUGCUGAAGCACCGUGAGGACAGUGUGCUGGACGCUUGUGUGCGUGUGCUGUGUGCCUUGUGUAGUGAUUGCUACAGCUUCUGUGGUCGAGCUGAGAGAGCCGUCAGUCAGCUGCUGGACUCAACCGUGGAGAAAUUCAGCUCAAACCUGGCUGAGAUACUGCAGGGAUCGGCUGAUGAAGAUGAUUUGUAUGGAGCUGCUUCCUCUUUGAACAUUCUAGCUGUCUUCAGCAGUGCCAGAGAUCUGACCGGAAGGAACCUGUUUGAGUUCUGCUUUCAGCUGCUGAAGAUGGGGAUAGAGACAAGAGAAAUCAACGAGAAGCUGAUGGUUCCAGCUCUUAAGUGUUCAGUCUUCCAUCUGUUCUGGGAAGGAGCUAAGAUCAUGCAACAAACUCCAGCAAGAGACAAGGCUGAGCUGAAGCGUGUGAUGAAGGCUCUUCACUCGUUCUGUGUGGUGUGUCAGAGCUGUCUGUCCGUGGCUCAGAGUCUCAUCAGGAACCAGGCGUUUGUGUGUCUGUGUGACGUGCUGCUCGUCUUCGGGAAGCUGUGUGAAGGAGACGGUUCACCGCUGCAGCGCUUCAGUCCUGACGACUCUCUCAAAGCAGAAAUGGCUUCUUUCAUCAUCGACUAUGUCUUCAGCGAGCCUGACGAGGAUCUGCCUGGUGAGGAAGAGUGUGAGGAGAUGAAGAUGUCUGCUCUGCUGCAGAAGAGGAAUCAGCUGUCAGGAUACUGUAAACUCAUCAUAUACGGCGUUCUGGAGCUGCGCGCCGCCACAGACGUGCUCAAAUACUACAGUAAGUUCUACAGAGAUUUCGGUGACAUCAUCAAAGAGACGCUCAGUAAAUCCAAGAUGAUCAGCUCAGUGGAAAGCGCCAGGACUGUGUGUUUGUGUCUGCAGCAGGUGUGUGCAUCAACCUGCGUCUGA